GACCAGGUGAGGGAUCCUAUCACACUAGCCAUGCCCAGAUCCGGUGCCUUCAUCCCUCUCCUCCUCCUCUUCCUUCUCCCGGGGGUCUCCUCCUACUGCUACACAGGCAAAGCUGAGGUGUGCGAUGAGAACAUGGCCUCUGUGCCUGCACACAACCUGGUGGGGGAGGGCAUCGACAUCACCACGCUGGAGUGGACAGGGGCCUUCCUGGUGGACACCAGUUUAUGGCGCGGCCCAAACGGCACCUGCAGCCUGUGCCGGAACCCGCUGCAGGAGGGGCAGGUGCAGAGGCUGCCUCUGGCCGUGGUCGACUGGAGGGUCCACAGCUGGUGCAACCGGGCCCUCAGCAGCUCGGUGGAAGAGUCAGCCGUGGACGUGGCCCGGGCAAUAGCGUCAGAUGUGAAAAAUAACUGGAAGUUGGGGCUGCGGCUGCCGGAUGAGUCCCCGGUCCUGGCCCUGGCGGGGUCCCAAUCCCGGCUCGCUGGUUUUGCCUACCAGAAAGAGCUGCAUGACAAGUACAUGUUCAUACGCCACGAGGUGUCCUGUGUGUAUUACAGGUGA